AAUAAACUUCUGCGAUAAAAUUUCAACUUCCCGCCAUCCCGCCAGAAAAUAAACAACAAAAACCAAACAUUUGGAAGAAAAAGAAGGGUUACACAACACAUGUAAAUUGUAGAUAAUCCAAAAUUUACACCAUACUAAUACAAUAUUAUUCAACACUAACGAUAUUACUAUCCAAUGAUGAAUAGAUGAAAACAUGCCAGGUAUUGUUAUGGAAAUGGAACAAGAAAAAGAAUCAGAGGAAGAUAAGGAAUCCAAGUUAGAAGAAAUUGCAUCACCACAAAGAUCCAUUCUAGAAUUCUUCAAAUCACCUACCAAACCAGUGGAUAAGCCUAAAAAUUUAUUGAGUUAUUUUGGCAAGCCAGCUCCCAAACAGAAAGAUAGUACCGAAACAUUGUCAAGUAAAACCAAAACAGAAAAAGCAAAUGGAAAAGUGAAUGGUCUUCAGAAUGGCAUUAAUGGUAAAGAGCAAAAGCAGAAAGUGGAAAAGAAUUCAUCCUCGCUCAAUUCAUCAAUUUCUGAGUUUGAAGAACAGGAUUCUCUCACUAAAAUUAAAAAAACUGAGAAAAAGAAGGGAACAAAAAAGUCUAUAAAAGCAAAUAAUGAGGCUUCCAAAGAAAAUACUGAAAGUAAAACAAAAGACAUUUCAAAAUCAAAGAAAAAUAAUGUAGAGAAAGAUAUUAUUGAAAAAAUACAGAAAAAAGAAGUACAAAAAGAAACCCAAAAGAAGAAAAAGCCAAAAGACAAGCAAGUUAAAUCAGUACAAGAUAAACGGGCAGGAAAUACAGAUGCGGAAAUAAAGACAAAUGAAAUUAAUGUUAGGAAGCCUGAACAAAAGGAAGAGGAAAAUUCAGGAAUAAGUUACCUAGACUUCUUAAAGUCUCUAGAAAAUAAAUCUGAAGAAAAGGGAGAUGAAAUAAUAACAGACAAAACAGAAUCAGAAACAUUAGUUGGAAAAGAUUGCAAAGAAUCAGUGACUGGAAAUGGCGAUGGAGAAUCGUUGACAAUAACUGAAAAUGGUGAUGGAGAAUCAGAAGUGGCAACUGAUUCAGACAAUAAAAAUCCAGAGAUUGUAGUUACUGCGGAUGAUAGCAAACAUGAUUCCUCAGCUGAUGAAAACUAUCCCAGCAUAACAUCUUUUUUUACCAAACUGUCAGGACCAGUUCCCAAACAAUCUAACAGUAAACCAAACAGUCCUAAAAUUCUUACUACUAAAGCUGACAUACAUUCAGAACCUACACCACCUAAAAUUUCCAAAGAAAAUAAAUCUGAAAAGACAAAAGUAUGUACUUCUGUAGAAAGUGACUCAAAACUGAAUGAAAUUGAAAUUAUUAGUUCUGAAGUUGUCAAAGUUGACAGUCCAUCAAAGAAAAGGGGUACAAAGCUAAAAGACAAACCUGUCAAAUCUGCCAGAAAGUCUUUGAAUCAGAAAUUAACAGAAACAGUUGAAAUCUCAGAUGAUAGCAUGACUGUAGAUGCUACUGAAACAAAAGAGGCAUUGGAUAGGAAAAAAGCAUUUCUUCAAAGUGAUAAUACUCCUUCAGGAUCUCAGAAAACUUCUCAAGCAACACUUAGUUUUUCUAAAGGUGGGUUUCAAGUGUCAAGCAAACCUUCACAUAAAACGAGAAUUCGUAAAUCAGAACCUGAAGAGAUGACAUGUGAAUCACCCUUGUCAAAAAGUACACCUGUGAAGAGAGGUCGAGGGAGGCCACCAGCCACUACAACAGGUAAAGAUAAAACCCUGGUCAGUACCAAAGUUAGAGGAAGGCCACCAGGCAGUACAAACAAAAUUAAGAAAAACACUUCAGAGGGGCAAAAACCUGAAUUAAAUAAUGUGUCUGUUUUGGAGGACAGUGUGAUAAAAAGUGAAGAUACAAUGGAAGUUUAUGAUGAUAAAGCUAUACAGAAGAGAAGAUCCUCACGGAAGAAGAAGCAAUACAAAGUUGAUAUGAUUAGUAUUGAUACUAAAAAUAGAACACCAAUCAGGAUGAGGCUUACACGGUGCAACAAAAGUGGUAGCAGUACAGAUGAAUCUUCUUUCACAUUAAAACCAAAGUCAAAUAUCAAACAAACCAGAGCACAAAAACUAUUGGAGAAAGCUAAGAAAUCAAAAUCUGGAAAGUCUCCAGAGCUUAAGCUACAGAUGAAAAAGGCUAUCGAAAAGAACAAGAAGAAGGGAUCCAAGUUAAAAGGAAGUACCACAGAAAAAAAGCCAGUUGAGACAAAAAAUGAAAGUUCUAGCAGAAGGAGAAGUUCCAGACUAUCAGAUAAAUUUAGUGUGUCUAUGGAAGAAUCACAAGAUGGCAAUGAUGAUGAUGAUGAAAUCAUGAUUAUAGAUGAUGAUGAAGAUAACAAGGGAAAGAAGAAGAAACAGAAAGACCUUUGUACUCCUAGGAAAGGCAGGAAACCAUCAACACCUAAAACUCCACUGCAGAACAAAACUACAAGUAAAGGAACACCUAAGAAGCCUUCAGGAAAACUUGCUCCAAUAUUUAUGAAGAAGAAUGCUGGUGAGAAAGUUGAGGAACCAAAGAAACCAGUUCUGGAUCCAGAGCAAGAAAGACAGAGACGAGAAUUUCUGAUGAGUGGUGUACCUGAGGCUUUAAAGAAACAAACAAUAGCUGCAAGUGCAGCUGUCAUUCUCUCUGAUUUACCUCCCUUUCCUGCCAUUAAGCAUGUGCAACAGAUGGAAGGCACUAUGGGAAAAUGUGGAAUUGAUAUAUGGAAUUUAUCAAGUGUUCAGUUGAAGAUUAAGAACUGUGAAGAAACUGAUAAUACUGGAGUUAUACAAACUUAUUGGAAUCAUGGCUUACUAGAAAAAGACAAGAUUAUGUGUGAUUUAUCUAAAAUAAAGCUUUUUAAACAACAUUCAAAAAUGGAAGACAGUCUUGAAGAGCCAUUAUUAAAAGAAAUUCAAAGAGUCAGUCCUAGUUAUAAUGUUGAUAAAAUGUAUAAAUUACUGAAGGAAAAAAAAGAAGAUCAAGAUGCUGAGAUGACCUAUGAUUUUGAGGAGCAAAAAGAUAGCAAAUCAAAGAAAGGUGAAUCAACUGAUACAGGGAAGGAAGGAAAAAAGAAAACUAAGAGGAGGAGUCUCCGUCUCAAAAAGAAAGAUGAAGUCAUGGAAGUAAUAGAUUUAGGAAGUCCAGAACCAGUUGUAGAGGAAACCAGUUCCGGAGACAAUAAACAGGAAACAGCAAUAGUAGUCCCAUGGACAGAUAAGUAUCAGCCAACACAUUCAUCUGAAGUAGUGGGGAAUUCUAAUAAUGUGAAGAAACUGAAAACUUGGCUGAUAGAAUGGAAACAUAAAGUAGACAAAGAAGCCAAGAAGAUGAAAAAAUUAGCAAUGAAAGAAUCUAAAAAUAAAACUAAAGAGAAAGAAGAUGAUUGGUGGGCAGAUGACGACAGUGACUUUAAUGUUGAUAGUGAGGGCACUGAAGAUGAAGAAGAUAAGCUGUGUAAUACUGUCAUGUUAAUGGGUCCUACAGGUGUGGGAAAAUCUACCACAGUGUAUGCUCUGGCACAGGAGAUUGGGUUUAAGGUUUUUGAAGUGAACGCAUCUUCAAUAAGGAAUGGAAAAAGAAUAUUAACACAGUUACAGGAAGCAACACAAUCACAUAGGGUGUCUCAUAAAAGUUGUGGGGAUGCAGGUCCAGCUUCCAUAUUCACACAAGGCAAUAAACCUUCUCCUAGAAAGAAACCAGAAAAAGAGAAAAAUGUGCCAACUUCCUUCGCUAAUUUCUUCAACAAAACAAACAAUUCUAAACCAGUAGAAACUGAAAAGUCCAAAAAGUCAAAUGAUAGUAAGAAUGCAAGAAAAAGAAAAAGAGACUUGGAAGAAAGUGAUGCAGAGAAAACUCCUAAAAAGAAGAAAGGAAAAGAUGAGAAAGGAGUGAAGUUUGAUGGCUUAAUACCUACUACUUCAAAUCAGACUGCUGCAACUAACCAGGGACUGAAUUUAUCUAGCACAUCUCUCAUACUGUUUGAAGAUGUUGACAUUGUGUUUGAAGAAGACAAAGGAUUUUGGUCAGCUAUACAGACAUUUAUGAAUUCAACAAAGAUUCCUAUCGUUCUCACUACAAACGAUGUUACAUUGUCUUCUAAGUUUGAGGGAAAAUAUGAACAGUUUUUAUUCAAAACACCAUCCAUGAAACAAACAACAGUGUAUCUACAGUUGAUAUGCUUGGCUGAGAGUAUAAGGACAAACUCUGAAGAAAUCAUGACUCUUGUAAAAGUUUUAUCUGGAGAUAUCCGUCGAUGCUUGCUGGCAUUACAGUACUGGAUUGAAUCAGGAGGUGGCACAUUACAGGAAUUCCAGAAAAUUACCUCCCCUGUUAAAUUGAAGCCACUUCCUGUGAUCGAGGACACUUGCUCACAAAAUGCUAUAAAAACUUCAAGCAUAUCUGGGGAUUCGAAAUCCAGAUUUGACGAUGAUGAUGACUUCGUUGUCAUUAAACCUGUCGUGAACAAAAGGAAAAGACCUCUGAUUAGUGAUGAUGAAUCGUCAAAUAGUGCCCAACCAUUUCCUUUGGCAAUGGAAUCCACAGCGAAACAGGAAGUAGUAUUACAGUCCUCUGUUCAUUUGUCAUGCUUGAAUAGUUCUUUGGGGCUGAGCUUAGGGGGAUCAGAGGGAAUUAUGAACUUAUUAAAGCAGCUUGUGAAAGGUCAAAGAGAUGACCUUGUUACUGUGGUAACAGAAGCAUGUGAUCAAUACAGGAAGUUGAUGUAUAAUAUAGUCUACAACACAUACAUUGAUCUGUUACCCAUGCCUAAGAGUCGGCAGACGACACCUCCAUCUAUAAAAACAAAAGUCAAGGAAAAGAAAACUCAAUUGAAAAGAAUAAAAACAUUUGAUUUGUAUGACAGUGAGGCUUCUAAUGAUGGGAUUUUAGAUGAACCAAAAGAAGAGGCUCAGGAAGAAACAAAAACAGAGGAAAGCAAAGAAGAAAAAGUAGCAGUUAUUAAAUCUCUAGAUCAAUUAACAGAAUUUUAUGACAACAUGUCUUUCAUUGAUUCAAUAACAAUAGAUUCAGAAGUGCCUGAAUCGUCAAAUAGUUUUAUAUUGCACAGCAAACGGUACCUUCAUGACACUGAUAAAACAAGUUCAUUAGAGUAUAUUGACAAAGAUAAUUUGUGUUCAGAGAUAGAAGUAAGAGCACUUUACAAAUUGUGUACAAAUCAGGGACAAAUACAAGACUCUUUAAAAGGCCAGCACAUUGAAUCACUUAGUAUACCUUCUGCAGGGAGUCUGUCACAAGGAGUUCUAGUCAACAGGGCCAGUAAUAGUAAAAAUCUAGUCCUUAAGAAAGCCAGUAAUAAUGUUAUGAGUAACCUCCCCCUGAAUGUUAGAUGUCAUCAGAGAUCUGUUGUUAUGGACUACAUGCCUACUCUCAGAGAAAUCAGUAAAUCAGAAAAAAUCAGGGAAAUGGCAAAAAUAAAGAGAAGGUUUCAUCAUUAUUUUGACAACAUUGGAUUGAAUUUUAAAGACACCACUCUGGAUAUCAUGUAUACAAGUUUUCAAUGAACACUUCUGAACUAUUGACAGAUUUGUAAUAAUUUUCCUGUUUUGAUUUCUUUCAAUUUAUAACAAUACAAUUUGUAUGAAGAAAUUUAUGAAUGUGACACUUUAAAACUUUUCUAGACAGUAAUAUAUAGUGAGUCUCAGGGGCUGAUCCAGCUAUUUUGAAAAGGGGGGUUUCAACUAUAUGCUCCAAUUCAAAUGCAUUGAUCUUCCAAAAAAGGGGUGUUCCAACCACUGAAACCCUGCUGGAUCCGCCAUUGAUGCUUUUCUUUCUGUGCAUUAGUCUUGAAAACUAUCUCUUUCUAAAUUAUAGCAGUGAUUUUUGUUGAACUGUUGAAUACUUUGAAAUUUGUUUAUUUCAUGAAAAAAUGAGGAAAUGUUGGUAUGAUUAUUAUUUUGUUCCCAUCAUUCAAUGCAAUAUGGAAGGCAUAUUGACAUUGCAUUUCAUUCGUAGGUUCAGAUUGUGAUUUGUUCAUCCAUCUGGCUAAAUUUGCAAUAAUGUCUAUUUAAAAUUCUGACAGCAAAAUGUAAUAAAAAAUGAACAUGAGUUAUCAUUGAAUGUUUCUCAGCUUACAUGUUUCCUGACCUUGACUUUAUUUCAUUCUUGAAUGAAUGUACAAAUAAUCAACCCCUAAUAUUAUCAAUUU